GCCGCGGUCAGGUUUGCCCUUUGACCGACACUACAUUGAGCCUGAGUGCCGCUCGAGAGCCUCAAUAGCAUUAAUGCGUGCGCCAACCCCGCAGUUGUCUCUCACAUCUUCGAUACCUUCGAGCAGGAAACAUGCGUUCAAGAAAAGAAAACUCAGCCAUGCUAUUCAAUCGUCCACGCGCCACGACACAGGGUCAUGUCCCUCGAAGGCAGACCAAUCACCAACACCAAAUGCACAUAAAGCCUCGACUUUGUCAUGCUCUUCAUGUCACCGUGUGUUAUCUGCAUCAAUGAGGUCUGGUGCAGGUGCAGGCGCAACUUGUGCAAUGUGUGGAUCAGCUAUAUGUGCUGUUUGUUCUCGCACAUGCUCCUCGAUGUUACGACAAUCCUCGUUCCCGCCAACACCGGCAUUAACACGUUGUCCCUCUCUGUCAGGAUCGCCGUCGCCGUCACCUUCCGGAUCUCCCAAACGAGCUGCAUUAAGUCUAAACAUCUCCACUAUGAACUGUAGUAUACUCCUCUCUCCAUCUUCUGGCAAGCGGAAGAAGUCUUCAGAAAAGGAUGACAUUGAUGUAGACUAUCCUUCGAAAUCUCGAGGCACACUUUUCGGGCUAGACGAUGGAGCUCUCCUUGUUCCUGGAUGUGGUCGACUUAUCUGCAGAACAUGCUGCGUGGAGAGUGCUCAGAACGAUGGGACUCUUUGUGUAGAUUGUUACGCCGUUGUUGAAAACGUGUUGUAGAAUGAGGAACAGUCUUAUCAUGAGGAGCCUCUCAUAAUUUCCGGAGGACCCUUCGAUUAUACCGACAUCAUCUGCAUUGUCAAUGCUUUGCUUGCUUGCUUUGUUACUCAGAUUAUUGCACGCCACAGUGAUUCCUCAUAUUGUAUACUAUGCAUUCAUUACCCUAUUUUUGCAAGCACUCAUUCACUAGAUGGAGAAUGGAAACAUUUUUGGCGAAGCUU